ACGACGAGGAUGGACGUAAACUUGUCUAUGUAUUCCGCGGGCAACGCUAUUUCACAGAUGUCGACCUGACGGAAAUCCCUUGGGCGGCGGCAGAUAGCGAGGAUGAAGAUGACUUACAACAAAUCCGGUUUAAGCCUAGGGUUCUUUGGCCUGAUCAUCCAGAGGACGCCAAUAGUCGAAUCAAGCUAAGAGAUACCCCCGUGAACUCCAGGUUAUUGUAAAAUAUGUAUAUAUCAUCCUCCGUCAAUGUCUGGCUCGCUCGCUCGAUUGACAACGUUGUAUUCCCCCUUGCUCUGCACUUUCUAGUACUUCUUCGUUAUUUCCCCCCCCCCACCCAAUUCACACACCUUACCAUGACGCUUAGUCCAUUGACUAUGUUGUCUUUUUUGCUCCUUCUUGAUCUAUCACACUUGAUUUGCAUUAAACAUUUGAAAAAAAUAGGAAUGUAGUGGGCAAAAUGGCAAUGUGUUUAUUGAUUGGCACUAAUACAUUAAAUCGUACACGUUAUACUGUAUAAGGCGGUCAGAUCGGCUAGGACACUGCGUCAAGGACCAACGCAGGUUAUAUAUAGUUGGGAGGGCAGAAUUACCACUGAGGAGUGAAUCCCAA